AUGUGCUACAUAGUACAGGUCAUCCAGGAGGUCAGUAUUAGGCUCAGUGAAGCCAGCUCAUCAAAAUAUAUCCUAGACAUUUGUAGGACUUUCGGCAGCGGGGUCGUGCAGCCUUUCAAUGGUUCAGGUUUCCAUGUGCGAUCAAACUGCCCGUUCACCCUCACCCGCUUUACACACAAUCGGGUUCAAUAUGACAUCACUGCAAAGAGAGACAACAGCGGGCUGCUGAACCAACUCGAGAUCACCGUCAAUAAAGUCAGGACGAUCGUGCAGAGUGGAAGCAUCAUGGUGGAAAAAAAAAGUAUUUCGCUUCCAUACGACCACACCUACCAGCAUAUUUUUCAGUAUGGUACCUACACUAAACUAAGAAGCUCACUGCUUCCUUUGUCCGUCACUUGGCACAAUGUAUCUGGAGGAAUAGACACUGUGAGGGUGGAGCUGGACCAGGAGCUGAGCAUUGACAUGACCGGACUGUGUGGAAAACUGAGUGUUCCAGGCAGCAAGCACCAGUUGAUUGCAGAGAGCAUGCUCAAUGAGGACACAUGUCAAACCCGAGAUCCUGUCUUUGCUGUGAAUACACUGUGCAGACUGUUCUUUUCCUACACCUUGGAUUGCCUGCAAGUCAGGACGCCUCAUUAUAUCGAACUCUGUGAAGAGAACAUUUACAGUUUUGAAAGCAGCAAAUACAUCAGCUGUGCUUUCUUCAAAGAACUUGUCCAGCAGUGUGGAAAUAGCAGCUACAUCUGGAACAUAUGGAGAACUGUAACCAGAUGCGCUCCACCGACUUGUCAAGGAGACCUGGUUUAUGUGGAACAGGGCAACGCCUUUGUCCCCAGCUGCUCUAACCCCAACCCCAGAUUCUCCAACCAGGACCUCACAAGCUCCUGUGUCUGCCCAGAGGGUAUGGUGGUUAAUGACCAGGCAGAGGGUAUCCACUGUGUGAAAGAGUCCAACUGCCCCUGUGUGUUCGCUGGAAGAAGCUACAGCACCGGACACAUACGCAGCACCAAGUGUCAGUCGUGUGUGUGUGAGGGUGGGAAGUGGCAUUGCUCUGAAAACUUCUGCCCAGCCAGAUGUCUCAUGGAAGGACAGUUUGUGACAACAUUUGACGGCAAACAAUAUGUUGUCCCUGGUAAAUGCACAUAUGUGUUGUCACAGGGUCACAACUGGACAAUAAUUGUUCAGUUUUCGGCAAAAGACAUAUCCCUGAAAACAGCUGUCCUGCAGCUGUUUCAGGACACGUACACAUUCUCAUACAACAGUGUUAAAGUGGGAGAGGAGGAGAUUACUGAACUUCAUCAGUCUGAUCACGCCCUGGUUUUCUGGCAGUCCUCCCUGUACAUCCAAGUCCAGACAUCCUUUGGUAUGAACAUCCAAGUCCAGCUGUCUCCUGAAAUUCAGCUCUACAUCACUCUACCCAGAAACCACACUGGUGUUAUAUCAGGUCUUUGUGGCAACAGCAACAAUGACACCACCGACGACUUCACCACCAGCAGCGGCAUCAUCGAGAACUCACCUCAAGCAUUCGCUCUGUCCUGGAGUGUUGGCACUUGUGCAGUGAACAUACCACCCAUCUGCAGCAGCACAGACAGUGAAAUAUUUGCAGAUGAAAGGUGUUCUGUUUUGAAUGAACCAACUGGGAUAUUUGCUUCAUGCCACAGUCAUAUCCCAACUGAUCAUUUCCACACCGCUUGCAUCCAAAGAACCUGUAACUGUGGCAACAAUCUGCAGCAGUGUUUAUGUGUGGCGCUGGGCAGCUAUGCCAAAGCCUGCGCUAGUCUGGGUGUUGCAGUCGGCGACUGGAGGAAAGCGACCAACUGCACUCUGAAUUGUCAAAAGAACCAAGAGUUCUCCUACGACGUGAGGGCCUGCAACCACACAUGCCGUUCACUAUCUGGCCCUGACCCUCGUUGUUGGUUGGAUGAUGCUCCUGUGGAGGGGUGUGGUUGUCCUGAAGGAACUCACCUGAACCAAGGACAUAUAUGCACCCCAAAGGCAGAGUGUGUCUGUCACCACUAUGGCGGUACAACCCCGCCAGGGCCUGUUGUUAUUGACGGAAGACAAUGCCUCUGUGAGAAUGGAGAACUGCACUGUUCCAAGGACUGUGGUUGCAGAAAUGGUAAGGUUUGUGUUCACUGCUCAGAGUACCCAGUGAACACAGCUCAGAAAACCUGUGACAGUCUCAGCAAACCACUGGGGGCCAGUGUGACCUGUGAAAGUGGCUGUCACUGCCCACAGGACCAGUAUGAGGAUCACCAUGGAAACUGUGUUUCUCUAGACAACUGCACCUGUGUGUACAGCGGCAAAAUGUUCAGUGCAGGACAGCACGUCAAAACCAAUUGUAAAACAUGUGUUUGUGGUCAUGGUCAGUGGCACUGCAAAGACGAGCCAUGUCCACGGAAGUGUCAAGUGUACGGAAAUGGACAUUACCAGACAUUUGACUCUAAAUGGUACCGCUUUAACGGACACUGCCAGUACACAUUGGUAGAGGAUUACUGUGGAAAUGAAAAUGGCUCCUUCUCUGUCAGAGUGGAAAGUGUACCCUGCUGUGAUGAAGCACUGACCUGCUCUCGCUCCAUCAUCCUGGAUCUGCAGGGCACAGUCACCCUGACACUGAGCGAUAUGAGAGUGACCAGACGUCUCCAAAAAGGCUGGACUCUGCAAGAAGAGUCAUUUUACACCACUCACACUGUGGGACUCUACAUCAUAGUCUCUGUGCCGAGCAGAGGCAUAACGCUCAUCUGGGACAAACACACCAGGAUCACCGUAGAGCUGCAUCCAAACUGGAGAAACCGAGUGUGUGGCCUCUGUGGGAAUUUUGACUCCAGUGAGAUGAAUGACCUACAGAUAAGUGGCUCAGCAGUGGUGUCUAGUCCGCUGGCCUUUGGCAACAACUGGAAGGCCACCUCACCUCCUUGUUCUGAUGUGACCACUGAGAUAUUCCCAUGUGAACGCAACUCCUACUGCUCAGCUUGGGCACAGCGGCGCUGUAUGAUCAUUACAGCAGACACCUUCAAAGAUUGCCAUCUAAAAGUGGACCCAGAGCCCUACUACCACGCCUGUGUGCAGGAGUCCUGCUCCUGUGAGUUUGAGGGGAAGUUUCUGGGCUUCUGCACAGCUGUGGCAGCAUACGCAGAGGCCUGCAGUGAGCAGGACGUGUGUGUCAAAUGGAGGACACCUGAUUUGUGCCCGGUCUACUGUGACUACUACAAUGAGCAGGGCCAGUGUAGCUGGCACUAUGAAGCCUGUGGUGAGGCGCUCAGCUGCGGCAAAGGCCGCUAUUUCACCCACAAACUGGAAGGCUGUUACCCCAGAUGUCCAGAAGAUGCACCGUUCUAUGAUGAAAAUACUGGUGAAUGCACGAAAUUGAGGAACUGCACAUGUUUUUUCAAUGACACUAUCAUUCAGCCAGGGGCAGUCGUGAUGAUCGAGUCUAUUAAGUGCCCCUGUGACAAUGGAACAAUUACCUGUUCACCUUCAACCACAACAAUAUCACCCAGCACCUCUAGUACAAGUACAACUGCUGCAACUACAAUGGAAACAACUGUGCCUUUCACAACACCAACAACUACCACUGCCUCAACUACCACUGAAACAUGGACAACAACUUCAUCAACCACCCCUACACCAACUACAACCACUUCAACAACAUUGACAGCCAUUACCAAUGUCUCCACUAUCACAGAAACAUUGACUACAUCAACCACCCCUACACAAACUACAACUGCCUCAACUACUACUGAAACAUGGAAUACAACGUCAUCAACUACCCCUACACUAACUACAACUGCCCCAACUACCUAUGAAACAUGGACAACAACGUCAUCAACCACCCCUAUGCUAACUACAACUGCCCCAACUGCUAAUGAAACAUGGACAACAACGUCAUCAACCACCUCUACACCAACUACAACUGCCCCAACUACUACUGAAACAUGGACAACAACGUCAUCAACCACCUCUACACCAACUACAACUGCCCCAACUACUACUGAAACAUGGACAACAACGUCAUCAACCACCCCUACACCAACUACAAYUGCCCCAACUACCAAUGAAACAUGGAAAACAACCUCAUCAACCACCCCUACACCAACUACAACUGCCCCAACUACCUAUGAAACAUGGAAUACAACGUCAUCAACCACCCCUACGCUAACUACAACUGCCCCAACUGCUAAUGAAACAUGGACAACAACGUCAUCAACCACUCCUAUGCCAACUACAACUGUCCCAACUACCAAUGAAACAUGGAAAACAACAUCAUCAACCACCCCUACAACAACUACAACUGCCCCAACUACCAAUGAAACAUGGAAAACAACCUCAUCAACCACCCCUACACCAACUACAACUGUCCCAACUACCUACAAAACAUCGACAACAACAUCAUCAGCCACCCCUACUUCAACACUGACAUCAUCCAAAGCACCCGGUACAGAGUCGACAACUCAUGUAGUUGAGACAGGUCAAACAACAUCAACAGCAUAUAACAAAACUUCACAAGUUUCCGUUACCACUACAUCAGCCUGCAUUAACUGUACCGACCUCAAGAGGAAGAUAACCUGGGCUUGUGGUGAGACGUGGACAGAGGACUGUUUCCACAGUACCUGUUCUAAUGGCAAGAUAGAGUUGACCCCGGUGGUUUGUCCAGAGCCUAUAGUUCCAAUCUGCCCCAGAGGUCAGGUCACAAAGGUUUCAGACGGAUGCUGCGAAACAUGGAAAUGUGACUGUCGCUGUGAGCUAUAUGGGGACCCCCACUACAUCUCCUUUGCAGGUGUCCCCUUUGAUUUUUUGGACGAAUGCACCUACAUCCUGGUAGAGGAGCAGUCACCACAGCAUCAUCUUUCCAUUGCUGUGGACAACUUCUACUGUGUGCCGGGCCUCCAGGGGUCCUGUGUUAAAGGCAUCAUCCUCAGAUAUCAGGAAAACGUUGCUGCACUUAGUAUUGUCCAAGAUUUGAAUUCAGUACAGGCCACUCUGAACAAUGUCACCAUACAGCCACCAUAUGAGGAGCAGGGGUUGAGGUUUGAAACCACAGGAUACACUGUGUCAAUCUAUCUCCCAGAGGUUCGUUCUUACAUCUCCUUCAGUCCGUCUUAUACCUUGGUGGUCAAUCUAGCCAUGGAACAUUUCCUCAACAACACCCAGGGACAAUGUGGUGUUUGUGGUGGGGGAUCAUGUAUUCGCAGAGGAGGGCAGAUCGAGGACAACAGUUGCUGUGAUAAGACGGCCUAUGACUGGGUGUUUGCAGACCCUCUGAACUCAGCCUGUGCAUCUCCACUGAGGGACGUACCCUGUCAUCCUGGGCCAACUCCAGCACCCACUAACACACCCAUAUCCACCACCAGCUGCCCUGUGACCUUGCUUUGUGAGCUGUUAGACCACCAAGUCUUUCAGAACUGCAGGGCAUUUGUGAAUCUGCACCUUAAAAAGAAAAACUGUGAGUUUGAUUCAUGUGGGCCUGCAAGCAAUCCUUGCUCUUCACUAGAGCAAGCUGCAGAGGAAUGCAAGAACGCCGGUAUCUGCAUAGACUGGAGAAAACUGACUAAUGGAACCUGUGAUGUGACCUGUCCAACAGGAUUGGUUUACAGAGAAUGUCAUGACAAGCUGGAUGACUUCUGCUAUGGAGGAGUACGAUAUCCAGGAGCCUCCUUCGGAAAAAAAAGGACAGGUUGUUUCUGUCCCAGUGGCCAGUUCAGGGCAGGAAAUCACUCCAACAACUGUGUAUCUGACUGUACCUAUUGUAAAGGACCACUCGGAGAGCCCAGACAGCCUGGUGAGGUGUGGAAGUCCAACUGUCACCUGUGUACAUGUAACAACCAGACUCGGUCAGAGGAGUGUUUUCAACAAUCCAAGCUGGUUCCUCUUUGUGGCAAUCAGACUUGUGAAGAGAACUGCAGUUACAAUAAAAAGACAUACAAGGUGGGAGACACAUGGAAAGACGCAGCCCAUCCCUGUAUGUAUUUCAACUGUACCAAAGAGGGCAUUCAGACUGAGAAAAGAGUCUGUCCCAAAGAAAACUGUCCUGAGGGGGAAAGAGUUUGGGAUGGCCAGAACUGCUGCUUUACAUGUAAUAAGGGCUGUGCUCCUAAGUUGUCCAGCUUCAACAUCACCAUCGAAAACUGUACCGCAAUCAUAGAGAUACCUGUGUGCCAGGGCCUGUGUGUGUCUCAGCCCAGGGUGGUGUUACACGAUGACCUUCAGGUGGAGCAUAAUAGUCGAUGCUGUCUGGAGCAGAGCUCACAGAGGAGAUCAUUAACCCUGCAGUGCCUCGGCCUCACCACCAGACGCAUCGGUUACAGGCAUAUCACCAGCUGUGAGUGUAGAGCCUGUAUUACACUGCGCUGAGGAGUACAGACAGCACACACCAAAACCAGGAGUAAAUCAUUAUGUAAAAUAUCCAUCAAAUUUCCAGAUCAAAUUUUUA